UUUAAAAUAAAAGCCGUCAUAAUAGUACUCAGUCCUGCCUCUGUAUGUGUGCGUGUGCUGGUGGGGCUUUUGUGUGGCACGGCGCUCCCCUCCCUCCAUGCACACGUACAGUGGGAAAAGCCUGGAUGCAGCAGCGGUAGUUCUGGAACAGAAAAAAAGGCCCGGGGGGGGGGGAGGGAAGAGCCUUUCGCCCCUCACGCCUUCCGCCAACAACCUCGUCUCUUGAUUGACAGCUAUCUUGCGUAUUGUUAUCGCCGGCACGCGCGCGCUCCUCCCUCCCUCCUCCCGCAGCUGCCCAUUAGGACUCCUUGCGCUUUGCUUUGAGGCGCUGCCGCUUUAGCGAGGGAGAGCGCAGACAUGGCGGCGCCCUGUGAGGAGCCGCCAGCUUCCCCCUGCCCUCUGCAGGCUCCGGGCUGCCUGUGAGGAGGAGGAGGAAGAGGACGACGACGGGGAUUGCGAGGAGUUCCCGCUAGUGGCGCUGGCGUUGAAGGGCCGCGCCCUUUCCCGCCCCCCGCCGCCCGGACUCGCUUUCCGGAGACCGGGUGCAAAAAAGUUGCUGUCUUCCUGCGCUCGAAGCCUCCCUCUCGGCCAGGCAGGGUGGAGAAUUCAAGGAUGUGUUCUGGCCAGGAAAGAAGGACCUCUUGCUUCUGUUUGGCUUUGCAGAACUUGAAGCUGUAGUCUCGCCCCACUGCUUCGCUGGCUCUCUGCCCUUUUCUUACACCCUGAAGGCUUGGUCCAAGGACAUUAAGUGAGAACUGAGAAUGUCCCAGGACCAAGGCAGGCCAGAUACAAGUGAAGGAACAUCAGGUAAAUCAGAAGAUAAUCAGCAGGACAACUUGGAUAACUCCGAACAGUCUUCCAGAAAGAAGAUCCGACAGAAUACGCCAAGUCCCAGCAGAGGCAAUACACCUCAAGCCAGCCCUCCUCAGUUUGUGUCAGUGGAGGAGCUGAUGGAAACGGCAAAAGGAGUUACCAACAUGGUGUUGGCCCAUGAAAUUGUCGUCAAUGGAGGCUUCCAGAUUAAGCCAGCCGAAUUGCCAGAAAACAGCCUUGAAAGAAGAGUAAGGGAUAUUGUCCACAAAGCUUUUUGGGAUUGCCUGGAAACACAGCUAAAGGAAGAUCCACCAUCAUAUGAUCAUGCAAUUAAACUUGUGGGAGAGAUCAAAGAGACGCUUUUGUCUUUUUUGCUGCCUGGCCAUACCAGAUUAAGAAAUCAGAUUACCGAAGCUCUAGACCUGGAGCUGAUAAAACAGGAGGCAGAGAAUGGUGCCCUUGACAUUUCAAAGUUGGCAGAGUUCAUUAUUGGAAUGAUGGGAACGCUCUGUGCUCCAGCUAGAGAUGAGGAAAUUAAGAAGCUGAAAGACAUUCAUGAAAUUGUUCCCCUGUUCAGAGAGAUUUUUUCUGUGUUGGACUUGAUGAAAAUGGACAUGGCCAAUUUUGCUGUCACCAGCAUAAGGCCACAUUUAAUGCAGCAGUCAGUUGAAUAUGAAAGGAAGAAGUUUCAGGAACUUUAUGAGAAACAACCAAAUUCCUUAGAUUUCGUCACUGAGUGGCUGCAAGAAGCUGCGGAUGACCUGAGAUCCAGAAUGGUGCCUGCUAUUGAUCAUGGUGCCACGUCUACCAGUACUGCUCCUCUGCUCUGUCCGGUUGCUGUACAGAAUCAUGCAUACCUUAAGCUCCUCAAAUGGGAUCAUCUGCAAAAGCCUUUUCCAGAGACUGUGCUAAUGGACCAGAGCCGCUUCCAGGAAAUGCAGCUGGAACUGAACCAGCUUAUUUUAACUGGAGCGAUUCUUCUGGUAACAUUCAAUGCUGCAGGCACAGCGCUUUCAGGCUUGCCAGCAUUUACGGCCAAUCUCAAAAUGGUUAUCCGGGUACUGCUGACAGGUCUACACCUCCCCUCCUUCAACUUGAGUGAAGCAUUGGCUAUCAUAAGUGAAAAGAUUUGUGCUGAAGUUAAUAGCUGCCUUUCCCAACAUGGAUUCACACCUUUCACACUUGAGAAGGAGACGGAGCUUAAAGGACAGAUCCAGGCUGUGGCCAAGCCUAAUAACACUGUGUGCAAACUGAUAGAUUCAAGAAUCCAGUCGUUUCUGGAGAGCUACCUUGCUUCUGGCCAUCAGAAAUCUCUUCCUGCCAUUCCUGGUGGAUUAGGCCCUAUUCAGAAAGAGCUGGAGGAAAUUGCUAUCAAGUACGUUCGCCUUGUUGACUACAACAAGAUGGUCUUCAGUCCUUACUAUGAAUCAGUUCUCAGCAAAAUACUGAAUGAAGAAGACUCAUCUUAGCUAUCUGUGAGCAAAACUGGGAAGAUGUCAGACUCAUUGGUAUGCUGCCCUAAAGAAGAUAGGGUAGGAGAAGGCUGUCACACUCAUGCUUUCUGUCAGAAUGAUGAGGGAUGGGAAACCGAGGCCUCUUUCAGACCCCAGUUGUUUCUUGGGGAUCCCCACAGUCUGUCUUGGUAUCCCCUAUUUCCCACCAGACCCCCUCAAACACAGACCAGUUCUGUUUAGGAACUUAAGUCAAAUUCAACACAGCACAGUUUUAUUUAGGCACUUGUGUGUUGGAAGUAGAGCGAGAAGUUCCAAGAUUUAAAUGUUCACUUCCCCCUGCUUUCACCCAAGUUUAAUAACUGCUCGAAGCCAAUGCCAGUCCGCCAUUGGACAAGUGCAGAGAUGUGCUGCUUCCUUCCCAUCCUGGUUCUUCUGGCUGCUGUGUAUGCAAGUGUGCUUCUGUACAUGGAUCACUGUUAUUUGGAUCAGGGUGGUCAACUGUAUGUGUUGUAGAAAGCUUACAAUCCUUGGGCAACAGCUUUGCUGGGAAUCUUUCACUAAUACAGUAGCGAUGGCUGAGUUGCUUUUACAUCAGGUGAUGUAAA